AGAUUCAUAUACACUCGUCUUCUCCGCCGAGAUCCUCGAAGCAAAAAAAAAAGAAAAAAAGAAAAAAUGGAAGACGAACUCGUUGCAGAAAAUGGCAAAAUUGAGAUCCCCAAAGAUGCUUCCAUUUGCGGAUUCGAUUCUCUGCACCGCCUCCUCCAAUCUAACCUUUCUCCUCACCUUUUUCAGGAAGUUAGCCGACUGAUUAUUGGGCUUAACUGCGGAAGAGCACUGGAUACUGUUGCUAUUCCGGAGCUUGCAAAAUCUCUUUCUUCAAAACAUGAUUUUGAUCUUCAGUCAUUUGCAUUUCACGCUGAAAGGGAGUCGAUGAGAGAACCUCGUAUUGUGAGGGUGGGGUUGAUUCAGAACGCCAUUGCUCUCCCAACAACGGCACCGCUAUUGGACCAGAAAAGGGGCAUUUUUCGGAAAUUGACGCCUAUUAUUGAAGCUGCCGGCAAUUCAGGAGUCAAUAUAUUAUGCUUACAGGAAGCAUGGACGAUGCCGUUUGCGUUUUGCACUCGCGAGAAGAAAUGGUGCGAAUUCGCAGAGCCAGUAGAUGGAGAAUCGACGCAGUUUCUUCAGGGCUUUGCGGAAAAAUACAACAUGGUUAUCAUAAGUCCGAUUCUUGAACGGGAUGUGAAACAUGGGGAGGUUAUUUGGAAUACUGCUGUGAUUAUUGGAAACAAUGGCAACAUAAUUGGAAAACACAGGAAGAACCAUAUACCUAGAGUUGGGGAUUUUAACGAAAGUACGUAUUACAUGGAAGGAAAUACAGGGCAUCCUGUAUUUGAGACAGCUUAUGGAAAGAUUGCGGUCAAUAUAUGUUAUGGGAGACACCAUCCUCUGAACUGGUUAGCUUUUGGCUUAAACGGUGCCGAGAUUGUUUUUAACCCGUCGGCAACUGUUGGUGAACUCAGUGAACCCAUGUGGCCCAUUGAGGCACGCAAUGCAGCAAUAGCAAACAGUUACUUCGUUUGUUCGAUCAAUCGGGUGGGGACCGAAGUCUUCCCAAACCCGUUCACCUCAGGGGACGGUAAGCCACAGCACACAGAUUUCGGACACUUCUACGGCUCGAGCCACGUGUCAGCACCUGAUUCGUCGUGCACACCUUCUCUGUCCCGUUACAAGGAUGGCUUGCUGGUAACGGAAAUGGAUCUCAAUCUCUGCAGGCAACUGAAAGACAAGUGGGGGUUUCGAAUGACUGCAAGGUACGAGAUUUACGAUGAUUUGUUUGCUCGAUAUGUGAAGCCUGAUUUUGAGCCACAAGUCAUUUCUGAUCCUUUGUUGAACAAGAAGACCUCUUGAAAGAGAAGAAGGAAGAAAGAAGGGUAAAUUACAACCAUCACCCUGAAGUAAAGUCUAUCUACAAAAACCCCCUCAUGUUUUAGAAAUUACAUCCAGCCCCCUGCAGUUUGUAAGUUUCUUACAUUCACCCCUUCAAAAGGGCGUUAAUGUAGGAAAUCUACAAAUUGCAGGCGGGUGAAUGUAAUUAUAAAAAAUGAGGGUUUUUUUUCUCGUAUUUAUACCUUACCUCAAGGGGCGGUUGUAAUUUACGGGAAGAAGAAAACUGAAAGUUGGCUGUUGAAAUAGUGGUUGUAAUUUGUAAAUAGUUGAAGUUUUUUGGUUAAAAAUAAAUGGUGGUUGUAAUUUAAUGCAGUUGUGGUAAUUGUGGGAUUUAUUGAAUUUCACUUCUUGAUUGUUUAUCCCACGUUAUUGUUCGUUUCAAAAUGUGUAAGUAUAUGUAAAUACAACAAAAAACAUUUAACUAGAUUA